AUGCUAUGCAAGCAACAGCAGCAGCAGCAGCAACAGCAGCAGCAGCAGCAACAGCAGCAGCAGCAGCAACAGAAGCAGCAGCAUCAGCAUCAUCAUCAUCGUCAGCAGCAGCAGCAUCAACAGCAGCAGCAGCAGCAGCAGCAAAGCAGCAGCAGCAGCAGCAGCAGCAGCAGCAGAGGCAGCAAAGGCAGCAGCAGCAAGAGCUCCAACAGCAACAAGAAAGCAGCAGCAGCAGCAGCAGCAGCAGCAGCAGCAGCAGCUGACAGUUCGCUUAUAGCCAUCCCAACAGACGGUGGAGAGAGAAAGGAACAAUUGCAGCAGCAGCAGCAGCAGCAGAAGGAACAGCAGCAGCAACAGCAGCAGCAGCAGCAGGAACAGCAGCAGCAGCAGCAGCAGCAGCAGGGAGCUGCUGCUUACCUGCAGCAGCAUUCGCAGCAGCAGCAGCAGCAGCAGCAGCAAUUGCAGCAGCACGAGCAGCAGCAAGAGGAGAAGCUCGGAAGCAAGCAGCAACAGGCGACGCCUGCGGCGAAGCAGCAGGACGGUUAG